UCUCCUUCUCCUUCUCCUUCUCCAUUCUCACCGAUGUCACUGCGAUCUCGAUCUCCUCCGCGAAGCCGAGCUUCUCUUCCUCUCCUCCUUUUGCAGCCGAUCUAGGGUUCCUUCUCGUCUCCUCUCUUCUCUUUCCCAGGCCCAGGUCCAAAUCAAUCAUCUACAUGGGAGCCAAUGGGGCUAUCAGCACAACGCAAGCUGAUCCAUUUCGUUACCUUCAAUGACGUCUUCUCAUGUCCCCCUCUCUAGCUCUCUAGAAAAAGCAUUCCUUUAAUCCUAAUUGUCUCUGAAUUUGAUCUGUCAAACUCUAUUUGGAGAGAAAAACAAUGGAGAAAUUGGAAGGAGAGAAGCAUGUCAAAUACAUCCUCUCUGUAGAAAAGAGGAAAGAUGACUUUGAAUCACUCGUUAUGGAUCACCUCCGGAUUAAUGGUGCCUACUGGGGCUUGACAACCCUGGACCUGCUCCACAAGCUUGAUUGUGUUGAUCAGGAGGAGGCUAUCUCUUGGGUUAUGCAAUGCUACCAUGAGGACUGUGGGGGGUUUGGUGGGAAUGUUGGCCAUGAUCCGCACUUGCUUUACACUCUCAGUGCUGUCCAGAUUUUGGCUCUUUUUGACAAGCUUGAUGUUCUGGAUGUUGAAAUGGUUUCAAAAUAUGUUAGUGGGUUACAAAAUGAAGAUGGAUCAUUCUCUGGUGAUAUGUGGGGUGAAAUCGACACUAGAUUCUCCUAUUGUGCCAUUUGCUGCCUCUCAAUACUCCAUUGCAUGGAUAAAAUUAAUGUGGAAAAGGCUGUUAACUAUAUUGUGAGCUGCAAGAAUCUCGACGGUGGAUUUGGAUGCACACCAGGAGGGGAGUCUCAUUCAGGACAAAUCUUCUGCUGUAUAGGUGCCCUUGCUAUCACAGGUUCUCUACAUCAUGUUGAUAAAGAUCUUCUUGGCUGGUGGUUGUGCGAGCGACAAUGCAUAGAUGGUGGACUAAACGGGCGUCCUGAGAAGUUUGCAGAUGUAUGCUAUUCAUGGUGGGUGCUAUCUAGUCUGAUUAUAAUUGAUCGAGCGCACUGGAUAGACAAGAGUAAGCUUAUAAAUUUCAUCUUAAACUGCCAGGACAAAGAGAAGGGAGGAAUUUCAGAUAGGCCAGACAAUGCUGUUGAUGUUUUUCACACCUACUUUGGAGUUGCAGGGCUUUCACUUCUCGAGUAUCCCGGAUUAAAGCCUAUCGAUCCUGCUUAUGCAUUGCCUGUUGAUGUCGUCAAUCGACUUUUCUUCAGGAAAUAAAGAAAUUCCCCGGCUAUUAUGAUGAUUGAGAUGUCGGAUUUGAUCCUUCAACCUUGAAAAUUCCACACGAAAAGAUUCAGGUAUAUAUUCAAGUACUAUUUCUUCUACUUUGAAUUAUUAUGAAGAUCAUCAAAAGCUUUUGUGGACCAGAAAUUUAGUAAAUACCAGGAAUCAAUAAACAUACACAUUUCUGUCCCUGUCUUGAAUUGGAAGUAUUUUUGCU